GAUGCGGUGUCUACGAAUAUGAUGUCUAUGAUUUUUACAUUUAGUUCCGGGUGUUAUUUUCUUUCAGAAUAAUAACACCCGGAAAAUAAAACAGUUUCUGCUUUAUUGCCGCAUUUAUUCUGUAAGGUUUUUUCCGAUUUUCAUUUUACUGUUUACCCGGAACUCGAUCAACCUCACCAGUAGUUUAUUUUGAAGGUUUAAUCGGAAGCUUGCCUAGCCAUCCUUACUUUACUUUAACACUAGUGUGCCUAUAAAUAUGUCCUUUUUACUAAAACUAAUAUUCACCCUUUAUGUGGAAUUGAAAGGACAUUAGAGGUAUAAAAUAACAGUUUACAUAACGGGUGCUGUUAUUUAUUCUCCUGGAGGAAUCCUCGUCUGAGCUAGCAAGAAGCUGCCGAUAGCUGUGGAUGCUAACAGGCUAGGCUAACUUCAUCACGUUCUGAGGGGCGUGCCGAGUCGAGCCAGGCCGAGCUGAGUAAGCUGAACUGUCUGGCCUUUCAACGAUCUUUUUGUUAACAAGUGCCCUGGACAGAUUCAACACCCACACCACUGUUUAUUUCCUGGUUCCAGCAUCCUGUCGAGAUGGACAAUCUCAGUGACGCCCUGGAGAAGCUGAAACUUGCAUCGACGGACAGCACAACAGACAGCGUGGAGAGCUGCCUGGACUGCCUGCUGAAAGCGCUCGUCAACAAUAACACCGAGGCUAGCGCAAAGAUUCAGGAAAUGGGCGUCCUUCCAAUGCUGCCCACUAUGCUAACCCCGCAGUCAACUUGCACCCCAAAAGUUGCUAACAUAAUUGCAGAGAUGGCAAAAAACGAGUUCAUGCGCAGUGCCUGCGUUGAAGCUGGCCUCAUCCCGCCUCUCAUUCAGCUGCUAAACUCAACCGAUCAAGAAGUUCUACUGCAGACAGGACGAGCUCUAGGCAACAUCUGUUACGAUAGUCAUGAGGGCAGGAUCGCGGUUGACCUGGCAGGAGGGGCUCAAAUAGUAGCUGAACACAUUAAAACCCUCUCCCAAAAUACCGAAGUGGCAAACGAGAAGCUCUUGACAGUCUUUUGUGGCAUGCUGACGAACUAUAGCAAUGAUAACGAUUCCUUACAAGGUCAGCUAAUCAGCAUGGGUGUCAUUCCCACUCUGGUCAAGCUCCUGGGCGUCCAUUCUCACAACACUGCUCUGACCGAAAUGUGUCUCAUCGCCUUUGGGAACUUAGCUGAGCUAGAGUCAAGCAAAGAGCAGUUUGCAUCCACCAACAUUGCAGAAGAGCUGGUUUGUCUUUUUCAGAAGCAAACAGAGCACGAGAAGAAAGAAAUGAUUUUUGAGGUUUUGGCUCCGCUAGCAGAAAAUGACGUGAUCAAGUUGCAGCUAGUGGAGGCGGGCUUGGUAGAGUGUCUCCUAGAGGUGGUGGCCCAAACGAUAGAUGGAGAACGAGAGGAAGAGGUGGCCCAGUUGAAGACUGCCUCUGACCUAAUGGUGCUCUUGCUGCUCGGAGAUGAGUCCAUGCAAAAGCUGUUUGAGGGCGGAAAGGGGAGCGUCUUUCAGAGAGUUCUCUCCUGGAUACCGUCUCAUAACCACCAGCUACAACUAGCUGGGGCUCUUGCUAUUGCUAAUUUUGCCCGCAACGAUGGUAACUGUAUCCACAUGGUGGACACCGGUAUCGUACAGAAGCUACUGGAACUGCUUGACCGCCACGUUGUGGAAGGCAACGUCACCGUGCAACACGCAGCUCUUAGCGCACUACGAAAUCUAGCCAUACCUGUGGUGAACAAAUCCAAGAUGCUCUCUUCUGGAGUGGCCGACGUGGUGUUGAAGUUCUUGCAGUCCGAGAUGCCGCCAGUCCAGUUUAAACUCUUGGGGACUUUAAGAAUGCUUAUUGAUACACAAGUGGAAGCAGCGGACCAGCUCGGCACCAACGCGAAGCUGGUGGAGCGUCUGGUGGAGUGGUGCGAAGCUAAAGAUCACGCCGGGGUGAUGGGAGAGUCCAAUCGACUUCUUUCUGCUCUGAUUCGACAUAGCAAGUCCAAGGAGGUGGUCAAGAUGGUCAUCCAGGGAGAUGGAGUCAAGCACUUGGUAACCAUGGCGACCAGCGAGCACAUCAUUAUGCAGAACGAAGCACUGGUGGCGCUGGGCCUUAUCGCUGCACUUGAUUUGGUUGCAGCUGAGAAGCACUUUGUGGCUGCCGACCUCGUCGCGGUUCUUCACAAGCUUUUGUCUGAUGAAAGGAGUGCACCCGAAAUUAAAUAUAACUCCAUGAUCCUCAUUUGUGCAGUCAUGGGAUCUGAGCCUCUCCACAAAGAAGUUCAGACCCGUGCGUUCAUCAAUGUGGUCUCAAAGCUCCGUUCGCACGAAAACAAGACGGUGUCGCAUCAGGCUUCACUCACUGAGCAACGGCUAACCGCCCAGAGCUAGAAUGCUUACCCAGCUCCAGUCCUAUUAAUGCCUGCACCUACUUUACCUUGUAACCCCCUCCUCCCCUCCCACCCCUUCUAUCGUCGUCAUGUGCCAAGGUACAAUGUUGCAUUAUCAACCAAACAGUCCGACACAUUUAUAUAUAAUGUAGAGCAUACUGAAAAAAUACAUUAGAAGCUGUAGGAACAUCCCUACACUAAAAGCCAUAAUAAUGAGGUUUAUUUAUUUGGGUGAUGCGUUCAAAGGUCCUUCAUAAUAAGACUGUCACUCUUUACUUGUGCAUGCAACGCAAUAUAGAUGACCAUAGCUGUGACGCCAUUCUGCCCAACGCCAUGAAUGACGCGGCUCAAUGUGUCUCCAUAUUAAAUAUACAACUGCAUGUUCUUUUUUUUCCUGUCUUUUGAAACCCAAUACUUUUUCCAGUGUUCCAAAACAACUUAUGUUGGGUCUACAGAUUUAGGGCAAGGAAGUGCUAAUGCCAAACACAAGUUGAUUAGUCCUGUCUAGUUAACAUAUUCCCCCAUAUAGUGGCCACAAUAGAGAGUAGCUGGUGACUGUUUUAUUUUUUUAAUAUUAACAACCUAAUAUUAACUUUUUUUUUUAAUCACCCACAUUAAUUAAUUUGAUUAAAAUCAAUUUAUAAACAUUUUAUCAAAUAAACUCCAAUAAAAAUAGAUAUAAUAGUGUCUGAACUAAAGGAUGUAUCUCAACAUCUUUCCAAUAUCGUCCAAAUAAAUGUGAUUUAAUUAAAUAUACAAAUAUAUUGUCACAAAUAAAAAGUAGGCUUCACCAUAGUUUUUUAUAAUUAUUUUUUUUUCCCAAAUAAGUGUUAUUGAAUUAAAUAUAAUGAAUCCAAACAUACUGUACAUACAUUUAUAAAUGUUUUCCCAAAUCAAUUAUAUUAUUACUAAUUUUUCUGAUUUUUUCAAAUUAAUAAAGUAUAUUCAUAUAAAACAGCAUAAGGAAACGCAUACAAGCAUGUUUAACAUAUAAACCAACAACGGCGUGGCGCAGUGGAAAAGUGGCCGUGCGCAACCCGAGGGUCCCUGGUUCAAAUCCCACCUAGUACCAACCUCGUCACGUCCGUUGUGUCCUGAGCAAGACACUUCACCCUUGCUCCUGAUGGGUGUUGGUUGGCGCCUUGCAUGGCAGCUCCCUCCAUCAGUGUGUGAAUGUGUGUGUGAAUGGGUAAAUGUGGAAGUAGUGUCAAAGCGCUUUGAGUACCUUGAAGGUAGAAAAGCGCUAUACAAGUACAACCCAUUUAUUUAUAAAGGCGGUAUUCCCAAUUUUUAUUUUUCUAUUUUUCCAAAGUUGAUUAUAAUUUAUUUUAAAAUGUCUUAUGAAAACACUAUACAUGUUUAGCAUAUAAACCAACAAAGGCGGUAUUCCCAAUUUUUAUUUUUCUAUUUUUCCAAAGUUGAUUAUAAUUUAUUUUAAAAUGUCUUAUGAAAACAAUAUACAUUUCUUGAUUUUUCCCCCCCUCUGUUUAUUUUUAUCAGUUUAAAAUGUCAAACCAAGCAUCACCAUUUUGUUUUAUUUUUACAGUUUUGUUUUACAUUUAGAUAAAACUAAUCUAUAAAAAAUAAAUUAAACAUUUUUGAAAUAAAAAAACAAAUCAUAUUUAAUUACCAAAUAAUAAAAACGUGUAUCUCCAUUUUUUGUGUGCAUGUGUUUGUUUGUAUAGAAACAAAAUUGUAAAAACUAAAUUUUUCAUAUAUAAUAUGAUUGAUGAAUAAUAAAAUAUAACAUCUUAGUUAGUGAGAUGUUUAUUCAUUAUUUCAUUGACGAUAAAAACUCAACGUCAGCAUCAACUUCAGCUUUACAGAUGCCAGGAGGUCAUUACAGGCCACUAUUUGAGGAAAUCUGGAAACUGGGAUUAGAUUAUUUUUGUUUCAGUGUAGGACAAGAUUUAACUAUAAUUAUGUGUAAUUUGAAUUGUGAAAAACAAAAGCAGCAAGCAGUCGCACACUAAAAAGAAAGUAUGGCAAGUUUUAACAAGUGCGUACACAUUAGACACAAGGGUCUAAUAUUUUUUAGUUUUUAAGUAUGAAUGUUUCUUUUUCAGUGACAUGAGAUGCAUCCAUAGUAAUACUACCAUGGACAUAAUAUUACAUGUUUGUUGUAAAUGUUUGAAAUAUGAGAAAAGCAAUUGUACAUUUGGAUGAUUGUAACUCACAUAACAGAUAAUUAAAAAGAUGAUAUCCA